AUGCAGCUCAGCCCCGUCCAGCCCCGUCAGCCUGCAGAGGACCCCGCGCCUCACGCCCACCGUCUGUCCCCCACAGCCAUGGCUCCCUCCUCUACCCUGCCCAGUGGCUUCGAGCCGUCCAGCUUUGGCUCCGUGGAUUGGCUUUCCCGGAGCAGCCACGUGGGGCCGGCACACACCUCCAGGCCCGCUGAGGCCUCCGGGGGGAGCCUGUCUGCUCCAGCCAAGGUAUCCGGCAGCGGGGAGCUCCCCCUGGGCACGGAGGAAGUAAAGCCCUUGGAAGUGUCUGCACCAGGGACACCCUCGGCCGGGUUGAGCAAGGAGGCGGACGGCCCGCGGGCGCCCCGGGUCCGCACAGCCUUCACAGCCCAGCAGGUCAGCACCCUGGAGAGCGCCUUCCAGCACCAGCGCUACCUGGGCCCCCUGGAGCGCCGGAGGCUGGCCCGGGAGAUGCGACUCUCCGAAGCGCAGAUAAAAACCUGGUUUCAGAAUCGCCGGAUGAAACACAAGCGCCAACUUCAAGACUCACAGCUGAGCAGUCCCUUCCCUGGAGCGCUCUAUACGCCGGCGGCUUUCCGCCCGCCACCCUCUGCCCUGGCCAGUAGCUUGCAGCUGCUGUACCCUUGGGUGUCCCUGCUUGGGCCUCCGGCUCUGGGACAGCCCCCUGGUUCCUUUUGGGAUCUCUGCCAAGUGGAACAAGCCUCCCUGGCCUUGACGUGGGCUUCCUGCAGCAGACAGCCUCCAGCGUGCUGCCUCCCAGACCCUGGGGGCCAGGUGCACACCCUGGGCCCAGCUUUGUCUGGGGGUCCCUGGGGCGUGCGUGCCUUGCCACAGACUGGGGAUGCCUUUUGA